AUGUUGCUUCCCUCGUUAAAUACCUCGCUGCUGGUCCUCAGCGUUGCUUCACUCGUCUUAGCUGGCCCUAUGCCCAAGACCUCGAAAUCCAAGAACUCGAAAUCUUCCAAGACUACGAAAUCUUCCAAGAACACGCCAUCUGUCAAGACCACGGCGAAGGUCGAGACCGCGGGUGGUUGCAAGGCCGCGGAUAUUUACCAGCCCACGGAUGGUUAUAAGACCACGGAACCUCCCAAGGACACGGAUCCGUACAAGACCACGGAUCCUCCUAAGGACACGGAUCCGUACAAGACCACGGAUCCUCCUAAGGACACGGAUCCGUACAAGACCACGGAUCCUCCUAAGGACACGGAUCCGUACAAGACCACGGAUCCUCCGAAGAGCUCGGGAGGUUCUAAGAACUCGGGAGGUUCCAAGAACUCGGGAGGUUCCAAGAACACGGAUCCUCCUAAGGACACGGAUCCUCCCAAGAACACGGAUCCUCCCAAGAGCUCGGGAGGUUCUAAGAACUCGGGAGGUUCCAAGAGCACGGAUCCGUACAAGACCACGGAACCUCCCAAGAGCUCGGGAGGUUCUAAGAACUCGGGAGGUUCCAAGAACUCGGGAGGUGCCUGCACUUUCACAACUGCUGCGGCUGCAAUGUCCGGGAAGUCCAAAUGUUCGAGUAUUAUCUUGGAUAACAUCAGCGUCGAGGGCGGUGUGACUCUCGACUUGACAAAACUUGCUGAUGGAACUACUGUCGAGUUCCAGGGUACGACCACCUGGGGGUACGAAGAAUGGAGUGGUCCUCUCUUCUCCGUCUCCGGAAACAACAUCGCCGUGUCCGGUGCCCCAGGACACGUUCUCGAUGGGAACGGAGCGAAGUGGUGGGAUGGUCAGGGCGGGAAUGGAGGUGUUACUAAGCCCAAGUUCUUCUUCGCCCAUAAGUUGACCGGAUCAUCCACCAUCAAGGGCCUCAACAUCAAGAACUACCCAGUCCAUUGCUUCUCUAUCAGCGACGCUGAGGGACUGACGGUUUCGGACGUGACACUCGACAACUCUGCCGCUGGUGCUUUGGGACACAACUCGGAUGCAUUCGACGUCAGUAAAUCCAAGAACAUCGUCAUCUCGGGCGCAAAAGUCAAGAACCAAGACGAUUGCCUGGCCAUCAACUCGGGCAGAGGCAUCACUUUCACCGAUUGUGAUUGCCAGGGCGGCCACGGACUCUCAAUCGGCUCUGUCGGUGGACGUUCCGACAAUGUCGUUUCCGACAUACACAUCUCCAAUACCAGAGUUUCCGAUUCGGAAAACGGCGUCCGCAUCAAGACCAUUGCGGGCGCCACUGGAUCCGUGUCUGGCGUGACUUACAAGGACAUCACCCUCUCUGGCAUCACCAAACAUGGUAUUAUCAUCGAGCAAGAUUACCAGAACGGAUCGCCCACGGGUAAGCCCACAGCUGGUGUUCCCGUCACGGAUUUGACGCUCUCUGGUAUCUCUGGGACGGUCGAGUCUAGUGCUUUUAACAUUUACAUCCUGUGCGCGGCUUGCUCGGACUGGACCUGGACCGACAUUAAUGUUACGGGAGGAGGGAAGGCCAACAAAUGCGUCGGUGUCCCUAGUGGUAUAAAGUGUUAA